ACGUUCUUAGGGUCGUCUAGAAUACACCGCAUAAUGUGUACCAUAUGAGAGGGGUACAUGCAGGUUGAAACGCGACAGGCUCUCAUUGAGCUAAGUUUGUACUGCUGAGCCGCGUCCUGUUACUGGUGAUGGAAGGUGCAGUUUACGGGACCCAAAGCUCCAUGACUGUGCAACAUUAAGCUCUUACGCAUCCAAGAUGCAGCGCGUGAAGGCAUAAUCAGUCGGGAGGCCGUCAUGCUGCAGGCACAUUCGGCCCUUCUCCGCACCCCACAACAACCCAAGACAAUCCAAAAUCCUCCGACUGGUUUUUGCCAUGGGCACCAAUGGAGAAAUUGUGUGUUUUCGGUCCUUCUCGCAACAGUUCAGCAGAACGAUUCUGAAAUAAAGUUGGCGAGGGCAGUUAGGGCAGCGAUCUGGCCCCAAACAUGCAGGGGCCAAGUGCAACAAACUCGCAACCUGCCACAUCGACCUCGGCGGUAUCACGGCGUUAUGGGUGUAUGGAUCCCGUUAGUAUUCGGACCGUAACCUUCAACAAGAUACGGGCCCAUGGCCAGCUUGCAGGAGAGAUGGCGAUUGGAUGU